CGCAUUUAGUGAUAAAGCAAAACAGAAUCACCACAAAUUCUUAAAGAGAGAGAGAAGGAGUGAGACUGUGAGAGAGUGUUUAUGGUUUAUGCUGCGAAGAAGAAGAUGGAUAACGGAUUCGACGAUUCUGCUUCUUCCGCAGCCUACACCAACAGCGGAAGCAGCUCAACCAGCUCCAGAGACGCCUAUCUCAAACAAUUAAGCAGAAAUUCGCACAAAAUUUCAAAACCUAAUCGGAAGCCGCUCCCCCUCCCUCCGCCGGCGUCGCUCUCCGACGGAAUUUCGAUUCUCGACCCUAAUUCGACCAAUUCGCAGCCGCAAUCGCAGCAGCCUCCGGUCUACAACAUCAAUAAGAGCGAUUUCCGCGACGUCGUCCAGAGGCUCACCGGCUCGCCGUCGCACGAGCGGUUCGCGGCGCCUCCGGCGCCGCAAACCAGGCCGUCGAGCUCUCGCCUGCAGAGAAUCCGCCCCCCUCCCCUCUCUCAGAUCUUCAAUCGACCUCCUCCUAUUCUCCCCCAAACAGGAGGCGUUCAGCAGCCGUUCACCCCUCUCCCGCCGCUGCCGUCCGUACACCCCGCCGCGGAGUCGCCGGUCUCCGCCUACAUGCGGUUUCUCCAGUCCUCCGCCCCCGCCGCUUCGGCUUCCUACCUCUGGCCUACUCCACCGCGCCAUCCCGACGCCCUAAUUCCCCAAUCCGACGGACAGCGGGCGGCUCCGCCGACGGAAUCGUCGGUCUCUGCUUACAUGCGGUUUCUCACUGCCUCGCCGCAGUGGAACGCCGCCGCGCCGCAGCAAUUUCCGGCGUCUUUUGCUUCAAUGCCUCCGUUUCCGGCGAUGCCGCUUUCGCCGCUGGCGUUUGGGUGCAUUCCUUCUCCUAAGUCUCCCUACGGCGCGCUGUUCUCGCCGACCGGUCAAUUGGGGCUGCCGCAGCUGCCAUUGUCGCCGACUCCGCCCGUUUCGAGCCCUAGGUGGAAGGGGAUUCUCUAAAUGUAAGAUAAAAGGUAAGGGAUAUUGGGAUUCUACAGCUUCUUAUUGCUUAGGUUUUGAUGGUAGCAAUACUGUAUAUUUACAUGGUUUUGGGGUAUGAUUAUAGUAAGGAAUUGUUGUAUUUACAUUUGUUCUUUACAUGAACAGUGAAGAAGGCAAAGGAAGUUAAGGUGUCUUUGUCUUUCUCUGUUUGUAGAAUCUAUUGGACUCAAUGGGAAUUCACUUCCAAAAUUUCCCCUUUCCAUUU